UUGUUAAUUAUAUCAAUAAUUACGUUUUGAUUGAUACACAGAGGGGUGGGGGGGUGUUCCUGUUCAGAUUUUAGAUCCCUUAUUACUUUCUCUUUCAAAAAAAAAAAAUAAUAAUAAUCACGAAAUACACAUAUAUAGAUAUAGAUAGAUAUAGAUCUUGAUUCAGUUAUCCAUAAGGUAAAGUUUUUAACAUACAAGGUCACCUGGACUUUCAUUAAGGAAAACCUUUUUCUACCCAGAAAUCAUAUUUCAAUCCCGUAUAUAUAUUUUACAAGUUGGUAGAGUAGAUACAAGGAUUAACGUCUACAAAAUAGAUCACGAUAUUUAGAAACUCAAUGUCAGAAGAGGGAGGUGACGUUGAUGGGAGAUCAGAGAAUCAUGUUGUUGAUGAUGUACAAGAAAAUGAUAAAUUAAAUGGCACGAGUCCUCAAAAUACUGAAGAUCUUAACGAGGAUAAUGUGUUAUCCAAGGAUAAUGUUUCGUCCAGUAAUCACCUUACCUCUGAUAAUAGUCAAGAUCAGCUGAUGCAAAUGGUGGUAGAUCUUAACUUUCAAAACGAGUACCUGAAGUCUCAUUUCCAUGACUUGAAAAACGUACACAUGGAUUCAAGUGCAAAAGCAUUAGAGCAAAAUGGGACAUGUGAAGAUUCAAAAGAGUUGCAUGAAAAGCUAGAAGCUUUGAAUAGAGAGCUUGUUAUAGAAAGACAAACACGAGGUGCUGCAGAGGCUGCGCUUGAGCAUCUUCGUGCAGAAUACACAGAAGCAGAUUCCAAGUCUCAAGCACUUGCUGCUAAACUUGCUGAAGCUGAGAAGAAUCUGGACCAACAAUUGAAAGAGCGUGAUGAGAAAAACUCAGAGCUUGAUUCCAAGUUGAACAGGCUUCACAAGCGAGCAAAGCAACGGAUUCAAGAAGUUCAGAAGGAGAAAGAUGACCUUGAGGCUAAGUAUCGUGAAGUCAAUGAAAAGUCAGAGCAGGCUUCAUUGCAACUGUCAGGAUUGCAACAGGAGCUUGACCGCACACGCCAAAAUGCUAAUGAGGCACUGAAAGCAAUUGAUACAGAGAGACAACAAUUGCGAAGUGCAAACAAUAGACUUCGGGACAAUAUUGAAGAGUUACGUCGUUCUCUGGAGCCCAAAGAGAAUGCUAUUGAGACAUUGCAGCAAUCACUUCUUGAAAAAGAACAGUUGCUAGACAACAUGCGAGGGCUACUGCAAGCUGCAGAAGAAAAAAGGCAAGCCUCAUUGGCUGAACUUUCUACAAAACAUCAACAGCAAAUAGCAAACCUGGAAUCUCAACUUACUGACUCGGCAGCAGAUAGAAGUAAAGCAACAGAAAUGAUAUCUUCUCUGCAGAGACUUGUUGCAGAAAAAGAGUCAAAACUGGCAGAGAUGGAUGCAGCCUCAACUGGUGAAGCUGCAAGGCUUAAAGCUGCCAUGGAGACUAUUAAAGGAGAAAUUUCCCACCUGAAACAGGAGCAUGAAAGUGAAAAGGAAAAAUGGGAAGCUGCUUCCCAGGCACUCAGCAGAAAGCUAGAGAUUGCCGAGGGUAACUGUAUACGGGCUGAAGUUGAAGCUGCCAAAAUGAAAAGUCAGAUGGAUCUAGAACUUUCUUUGCAAAGUCAACGGUCAAACACAAAAGAUGCUGAAUUAGUGGCUGCCAGAGAAGAGAUCAAACGACUGGAAAGUGAAUUUGCUUCCUACAAGUCCCGUGCUCAUGCACUACUUCAGAGAAAGGAUGCUGAGCUGGCCUCUGCUAAAGAUAAUGAACAACUUAAAGUUCUGGAAGAGUCACUGAAGGAGGCUGAGAAUGAAAUAAUAACAACAGCUGGUGAAAGGGACAAAGCGCUACAGGAUCUUGAGAAUGCGUUAAGUCGUCAUGACAAAGAACUCAGUGCUAGAGAUGAAGCUCUUACCGUCAUUGAGCAGCAGGUUAAAAACAUGGAAAUGAAGCUCUCUUCUGCACUUUCCAGACAUCAAUCGGAGAAAGAGUCUUGGGAAAAAAACCUUCAAAAUGUGGAAGAAACUUGGCAAUUGAGAUUCCAAGGAAUAAAGUCUGAACUUGAACAACAAAAAUCUUCACCCAGUGAAACUCUACUAAAAGAAGUACAAGAUCUCCAAACACGAUAUAAAAAGUUGAAGGAAGAACAUGAUUCAUUUCGUGAUCUUGCUGAUAAGUUAAUUGAAGAGAAGGACGCGGAGAUUGCAAGGCUUGCAGACAACAAUAAAAAUCUUCUUCAUUCAUUGUCAUUAAAGCCAUUGGCAAAUAACAAUGAAAAUGGCCAUGAUAUGGGUACAUCAAAUUCAAACACCUCAGUUGCAGAACAGCAGAUAUUGAUUUUGGCAAGGCAACAAGCUCAAAGGGAGGAAGAGCUAGCUCAGUCACAACGACAUAUUCUUGCACUUCAAGAAGAACUUGAAGAGCUUGAACGUGAAAAUCGUCUUCACAGCCAGCAGCAAGCUAUGCUGAAAGACGAGCUCCGAAGUAUGGAAAGAUCAAAAAAGAGGGAAGGAGUAGAUAUGACGUAUCUUAAAAAUGUCAUAGUAAAGCUUCUUGAGACAGGUGAAGUGGGGGCUCUACUCCCUGUUAUCGCUAUGCUCCUUCAGUUUAGCCCUGAUGAGUUACAAAAGUGUCAAAACGCUUAUCGGACUUUCACAGAAGCUCCACCAAGCCCAGGAGGUGAAUCACCAGGACCUGGACUCUCGCUUCUUUCACGCUUCUCCUUCUCAUAGGGAGUCUGUGAGGGUGGAAUUACAUAGCUGGAAAAUAUGACAUCACCUAUGAUUCUUGUAUUCUUUUUUUGUAACAGUGGACCUAUAAAUUAGAAUGAACAAAGAGGUAGUUAUAUACGAACACAUCAAAAGAUGAACAGGAAGUGUGAUAGCAACCUUAAAUUUUUGUACCAUGUAUCCAUUAACCGCACUUGUGUAUAAAAGUGUGAAGCAUUUACCCUUU